UGUAGCUCCCCAGGGUCACAUGUGCACAAAAGCCCCAUGUAUGCACCCCACAGCCCCAGGCUGCUCUUCUACAGAAAUGCCCCUGCCCUGAGAAAGCAUCAUGGCUGCAGGGCUCUGUCACUGUUCUUGGGGGAAAAUGGUUCUCACUGCAGGAGACAGAUUACAGCAUCCUGGAGAGAAGUCAUCCCACAGCAGGGUCCCUAUGGCAAUCUACUGAGUCCAGGACUUGAAACAACAGAGCCCAUGACUUGGGAUUGACGGGCCAGCAGGUGGCAGCAGGGAUGCUGAACUCAAGGGGAAGUUGGGCUCCUGAAGAACCAAUCAGAGCCUGCUGUAUAAAAAUGCUGGAGACCAGCAGCUGACAUAAUGCAGCCUCAUGGGGCCCAGCCCCUCCUUGAGAGACUUAGCCAUCGAAUGACCUUCACCUACGGACCCUUGACUGUAGAGCAAGGCCAGAUGAACUGGAGGUGAACGCUCAUGACCAAGAGGGCCCCCUCUCAGACCCACUAAGGCUAAGGACAAGGUUCAACUGGUGGAGUGCUUACCUGCCUGGCAAGCACAGCUAGGUUCUAUCUCCAGUAGGGAAAAGGGGGCACACCUGUCACACAGCACACGGAGGGCAGAGAGGAGGUUCUGUAGGAGUUCAAAGUCAUACAUCUUGACUACAUAACAAGUUCAAGGCCCUGCCUAGGCUACAUGAUACCCCAUCUAAUAAGGGGAGACUUUCUGACAGGUACAAGAGGCCCAGUCCCCUCUCCUGAACGAAGGUUCAUUUAGCCCUAAAUCAUCCCUGAGGUUCUGUGCUCUGCAUCUCCAAGGACAGGAUGGAUGGAUACAGAAGUGCAUCCAUGUGCAGCUGGCAGUGAGGCCAUGAGAAUGAGGUCCAUGACCGUGACAUCUCAGGUCAAGGGAUCAGAGGACCAAGGGGACUGUGAGGAAGGCAGAGAAAGCGGACAUGACAGAGUCAGCUGCAUAGCCUCCUGCAGAGAAGCAUGGAGAAGCAGUCAGUGCCAGGAGAUCUAAGGGAAUGGGAAGUCACCACUGCACAUGUCACUCAGGGAGAAUGAUGCCAUUUCCUCUGGUACAACCACAUCUUCAUACCCUUCAGGGAACUGAUGGAACCUUGUCAUGAGGAAGGGUGGGAAGAUCCUCCACAGAACCAGCCCUAAGGACACCACAGCCCUGCUCCCACUACUCACAAAUACACCCAAACACAGUCCAGCUCUGUCCACUCUCAGAGAUGUCCCAGGCAAUGUGACAUGAGUGACACAUUGCAGCUCUGAGCCCUCUUUCCCACCUCAUGCAAAGAAGGUUCUAGAACAGACAUAGCUAGAGGGAAUCAUUCAAAUGUUUUGUGGUAACAGACUUCCGGGAGCCCAGCACCAGAUCCGUGGCCUUUGAGGGGAGUUCAGAGGCUGCACCUAGCAGGCAGCUGGAAGUCAGUGUGGACUGGAGCAGUGCAAGAGCUCAAUGGGACUGAAGUCUAGUCACCUGUCCUGGUCCAGUCAUGUGACAUGUGCCAGGGCUUCUCUGAUCCUUGGAUUCUGCUUAUGAGUGUGUGUUAAGGUUGGUGGGAGGCAGAAAGGCUCCUUCAGAAGCUAGAGAAGCUUGGGAGUCACAGUCGAGGCAAGGGAGACGGUCACCCAGGAAGCCCAGGGAAGGAACAGACUCGGCAGCAGAGAGCAGUCACGGUGAGAGUGUCCAUUGGGCACUGGUUUUCCUGGGGCGCUGUGAGGCGUCCCUGAGGGGAUCAAGAGGUCUAAGAGCAGAUGAAGGUGGGGUCACCAUACUAGGGCUGGGGACUGAAUGUGUUUCCUCAUCACCUCCUUUCUCAUUGUGUCUGAAGUGAGCAGAAACUGACCACUUCUUUACCUAUGAUCAUUAGAGAGAAAGACACAGACAACCAGCUUGAGAGGAAACACAGUGAGAAACAGACGGAGAUGAGGGCAGGACUGGAGAAAAUCAGGAGCUCAGGAAACAGUGACUACAGGAUGCAUAGGGAAUGGGAAAGACUGGAUGAGACAGGAGGUCAGGGUGGAAGAGAAGAGAGCCCAGCAUGCAGAGGUCAAGGCUGUUUCUACCAGCCAAAAAUGGGGGCUGGGCUCAAGGACUCAGUCAUCUUCUCAGUGACCACAAGGAAGGAUCUUCUGCAACAUGGGAAAGAAGAAGGCAGAAUGAUAAAGGAAGUUGUUGGCCACAAGGAGGUGGAGAUGGGGAGGUCCUGCCCCCACUCAGUCUUCCACAUGACAAGGCCCAAGGCAUGUGGGUCACUUUACUCUAAUUCUCUCCUGACUUUUGAGCACCCGAGGAUCCCUCCACGGGGCCUCCUCUCCUUCCCGAUGGCUCUGCUAAUCUCAUUUCUUGGAGGGAUUCUGGACAUGGCUUGGUUCCUGCUUCUGCUGCUGCCAGCAGCCUGCCUGCAAGCUGGGAACUCAGCAGGAUCCAACAGAGAAAGACCAUAUGGGUUUGACCAAAAACCACACAUCUUUGGUGUCCAGGGCGGCUCCAUCGAGAUCCCCUUCUUCUUCUACUUCCCCUGGGAGUUGGCACCAGACCCACAGAUGAUGAUUCUCUGGAGAUGGAAGCACUUCCAUGGGGAAUUUAUCUACAACUCUUCCUCGGGUUUCAUCCAUGAGCAUUUCAAGGACCGGCUCGUCCUGAACUGGACACAGCCUCAGACAUCCGGAGUCCUCAAAAUCCUGGACUUUAAAGAGAAGGAUCAGACUGUGUACUUCUGCCAAGUUAGUCUGAAAACAACAAAGCGCAGGGAGAUUUUUCAGUCGAUCGAAGGGACCCAACUCACCAUCAGUCAAGGAGAGCACAUCCCAGUCCCCAGGACCACCUUUCCAAGCCCCACCACUGCAACUUCUGAAGGUCAGAAGAACGGGUAUAAUAAGACCCUGGAUCUGGGAGCCAGAGUUGGGUUGGCAGUGGCUGCUGCUGUACUCCUGGCUGGGGUUUUGGGAUUGAUAGCGUUUCUCACAUGGAAGAGAAGGAAAGGCCAGAGGACUAAAGCCGAAACCCCAGCCAGGGAACUCAUUGAAAACACUGAGAAAUAUGAGAAAGUUGAGCCCAAAGGACGACGUAUGGACCCCAACGAGAACCCCAAGGACAACAACAUCGUGUAUGCCUCCAUUGCCCCCUCAAGCUCAACCUCCCCAGGAACACCAGCCUGCCCACCUGUCCAUGAGAACCCCCAGGAAGAGACUGUAUACUCCAUCGUAAAGGCCAAAUGAGCGGGUCUGGGUGACCAUCUCAGAGUCACCUUUGCUUCUAGUAGGAAGACUCCCAGCUUCCACUGAUGCCCACAGAGUCAGACGCGCACAAGUCACAGAUACCCAUGGCCAGGACAGAAAUUCACACGUCAGAAACUCAGAGAAACUAAGAAACUCUCAGUUCCCUUUCCUAACCUGCUAGGCCCUUUUCAUACAAAUAAAAAGGUCCACAGAA